GUGGAAGAGUGGAGAGAGGUUUGGAAGCAGGCUUGGCUUGAGGAAGUGGAAGCCAUAAUAAGGGAAGCGGAAAGGUCUCAUCUUUGCUUCCAUUUCUCCUUCUUUUUCUCUUUUCCUUUCUCUGUUCAUCAAACUACUACACUCACAACAUCACCUCAAUCCCUCUCCCUCCACUUUCCCAAACUCUCUUCUUCUUCUCCACCUUCUUCUUCCUUCUUUUGUUGUGAUUAUGGCUGAAAAAGCUAUCAACUUUGCUUGAAUUUGUGGUCUUGUUCUGUUGAUUUUGGUUCUUUUGGGAAUGCCAAUGGCUUCAGAGGGUGUUUUCUCAAUUUCAGUUGUUUCUGUCAUGGAGGAGGUGCUCAAGCAACAUGGGACAAGGCUCAGUGACAUUAACUUGGCUUCCAGGAAGGCUGAGGAGGCUGCUUCAAGAAGGUAUGAGGCAGCAAGGUGGCUGAGGAAGACUGUGGGAGUAGUCGGUGCUAAAGAUUUGCCCGAGGAGCCUUCGGAGGAAGAAUUCCGGCUUGGAUUGAGAAAUGGUUUGAUUCUUUGCAAUGCACUCAAUAAGAUUCAACCUGGAAAAGUCCCAAAGGUUGUAGUAACUCCUGGAGAUUCAGUUCAUCUUCCUGAUGGUGCCGCAUUGUCUGCAUAUCAGUACUUUGAGAAUGUAAGGAACUUCCUUGUUGCUGUCCAAGAGAUGGGUUUCCCUUUGUUUGAAGCAUCAGACUUAGAACAGGGAGGGAAAAGCACAAGAAUUGUCAACUGUGUUUUGGCUCUUAAGUCAUAUGGCGAAUGGAAACAAGUCGGCGGGAAUGGUUCUUGGAAGUAUGGUGGAAAUUUGAAACCCGGCAGCUCUGGAAAAUGCUCAAUGAGGAGGAAUUCAGAACCUUUUGUGAACUCCUUAUCAAGAAAUCAGUCAAUGGAUGAGAAAUUCCAAGAACUCGAGCACAACAUCCUUGGAGAAUCCAAUGAAAUGACUACUUCAAAUUCUCUUAACAUGCUUGUGCACGAAGUUCUAUCAGACAAGAAGCCUGAUGAGAUUCCAUUACUGGUGGAAUCAGUAUUAUGUAAACUCAUGGAAGAAUUGCAGCAUCAUAUUACAAACCGAAAUGAAAUGGUACAAGUACCUUCAAAGGAUCAAGCUGAUGGAAACCGGUCUUUUCUUAAGCAAAAGGUUUCCUCUGAGCUUGUAUCUGUUUCUAGUGAAUCAAAGGCCGAAGAAAGUAACCUCAUAAAGCCAAAGAAGGAGAGUGGCUUUCAAAUGAUCUCAAAAGUAGAAGAGGAAACAGCAUCGAAAGACAGGCUUAUAAAACAGUGUGCGAUAUUUGAUGAACAAGAAAGGGUUAUUCAGGAAUUGAAACGAGAUCUCUACGAUACUAAAUCCGGUAUGAAGUUCAUCCAAAUGAAGUACUUCGAGGAAUGCAACUAUCUCGGAAAAUAUCUGCAUAGUCUUGCUCAUGCUGCUACUGGUUACCAUAAAGUUCUCGAGGAAAACCGAAAGCUCUACAACCAAGUACAAGAUCUUAAAGGAAAUAUAAGAGUUUACUGUCGUGUAAGGCCGUUCUUACCAGGACAAUUGUGCAGUAGCACUGUUUGUAGUAUCGAUGAUGGUAAUAUUUCAAUCAUCACUCCUUCAAAAUACAGUAAAGAAGCGCAAAGAACAUUCAGCUUCAAUAAAGUUUUUGGCCCGUCCGCUAGUCAAGCUGAAGUUUUCUCAGAUACACAACCUCUAAUUCGUUCUGUUCUUGAUGGUUAUAAUGUUUGUAUAUUCGCAUAUGGACAAACAGGAUCAGGGAAAACAUUUACAAUGAGUGGACCGAAGGAUCUGAAUGAGCAAAGUCAGGGUGUGAAUUAUAGAGCAUUGAGUGAUCUUUUUUUUCUUUCAGAGCAGAGAAGAGACAUGUUUUGUUAUGAAAUUGCCGUGCAGAUGAUCGAGAUUUAUAAUGAACAAGUGAGAGAUUUGCUUGUUAGUGAUGGUCUAAACAAAAGAUUAGAAAUACGAAAUAAUUCGCAGAACAGGCUCAAUGUGCCAAGUGCUAACUUGGUUCCUGUUUCAUCAACAUCCGAUGUUAUUGAGCUGAUGAACAUCGGGCAAAAGAACCGUGCAGUGGGUGCUACUGCAUUGAAUGACCGUAGUAGCCGCUCUCAUAGUUGUCUGACAGUACAUGUUCAAGGAAGGGACAUGACAUCUGGAGCUGUUCUUCGUGGAUGCAUGCAUUUGGUUGAUCUUGCAGGAAGUGAAAGAGUUGAUAAAUCAGAGGUUACAGGUGAAAGACUAAAAGAAGCACAGCAUAUAAACAAAUCGUUGUCGGCUUUAGGUGAUGUAAUUGCUGCUCUUGCACAAAAAAGCUCUCAUGUUCCAUAUAGAAAUAGCAAGCUCACUCAAUUACUGCAAGACUCUCUUGGCGGGCAAGCGAAAACUUUGAUGUUUGUGCACAUAAGUCCUGAGAUGGAUGCCAUUGGAGAAACAAUUAGCACAUUAAAAUUUGCAGAGAGGGUAUCAACAGUUGAACUUGGUGCUGCUAAAGCGAAUAAAGAAAGCGGAGAAGUCAAGGAACUUAAGGAGCAGAUACAACACCUUAAGUCAGCAUUAGCAAGGAAAGGCGGGGAAGAGCAUGUUCAAGUAGUGAACUCUGCACAUCAAAUGAACCAUAGACAACCAAUGGAGGAUGUCGGAAACAUUGAGGCAAGGAGCAAGUAUUCAUCAUCAAAACAAAAGAAACCGAGCUAUGAUUUUCAAGAGCUGUUAUCAACGAGUGAUUCGCCGCCAUGGCUAGACCAAAGUCCAAGAUUAAACUUUCAGAAAGACGAUGAGAGGGAUAUCAGUUCAGGGGAAUGGGUUGAUAAGGUCAUGGUAAACAGAGAAGAACCUGAUAUCUUUUACCAGAGAUUUUUACAUGAUACAACCGGCAUUGGCGAUCAACAACAAUCUUUAAAUGCUGCUAGAAGAAAAGGUAGCUAUGACUUCGACAUGCAAAGAAAUCGGUUUGAUUUUGCAAUGACUGAUGAUUCAGAUGAAUUGGAUAUGGAGACAAGUGAUUCAUCUGAAGCAGACAUGCUAUGGCAAUUCAACAUCCCACAAGUUGGUGCUGCAAGUUGCGGUGUGUCAAAGAUCAAGAAGCCUCAUCCAAAGGCGGCAAAGAGCCCGGAUAUAAGGACACCAAUUCAAUCACACAUACCACCUCCGUCGCAGAAAAAUUCAAGUGGUUCCGGUCAUGCAGCAAACCGGGCAGUAAGGCACACUAUUUCCGGCAGCAAUGACAGUAAACGAGGCUCGUCCGGUGGAAAGAUGGGAAAUAUGAAGUAGGGAAAGUGUUCAUAGAGAGUGUGUGAUUGCUUUGUUAUCUUUUGUUUUGCUUAUGACCGGCAUG